GUCUCUCAUCGUUUGUCGCAAGUCUUUGUAAUAUAAGUGACGCCAGAGAAGCAAAAUAAAGAAAAAUGGCGGAUGAGACGAAGAAUAACGUUGAUACCAAAUCUGCCGAAGACGAGAAGAAGGUAGAGGAAGAAGAAAAUCCCAAAAAAACAGAAGAAGCGAAAGAAGAUGAAAAGGAUGAAAAAGCAAAAAAUGGUGAACAAGCGGAUGCAAAAUCUGGCGACGAAGAUGCAAAAGACGAAGAAAAAUCCGACGGGGGAGACGAAGAAGAUGAAGAGAAAGAAAAGAAAAAGGCUCCGGUAACUCCAAAGAAACCCUUACCGACUUUCAAAGGCAAAGGCAAACAUUUGACGGAUAUUGAACUGAUCGAUGUCAACAUCACAAACACCAAAGCAGACCAUUUGUCUGUUCUGCAUUCUAUCGUUUACGAAGAUCCGGGCAACAUUAAGUUCAUUAAGAAGAAUUUGCGACGUUUUAAUGGAUUUGAUUUCGAUGCAAAAUCUGAAGAGUAUACACGUCGAUUGGAAGCAGCGAAGAAAUACGAACAAAGUAAACUCGCAUUGAUUGCCGACGUGUUAUUGCUCAACGACAAAGGCACCGUAGAUGAGUUAAGUGAACGCAUUUUGACAUUCCUCUUGAAGCCCGAAGGCGGAAAAGCAAAAGCAGAUGACAAUUCGGAGGAAGAUGAAGAAGCCGAAGAGGAAGAAGAAGAAGAAGAUGAGGAAAAACCUGCGAAGAAAGCGAAACGCCCUGAACCGAAAAAAGCCGCAAGUCGAUCAUCUGCAGGGCGCCCUCAACGCGCAACAGCAGGAAGAAACUCUUCAAAGUUAUCUUCAUACGUUGACUAUGAAUCGGAUGAGGAAGAAGAAGAAGUGCCCGCUGUCAAACGUAAACGCGGCAAGAACGACUCUGAUAGCGGAUCAGAUUACAACCCUUCAGCAGGCAGCGAUUCGGAUGCCGGAAAGAAAAAAGGCAGUAGAGCAUCAGCUCGUGGCGCCGGAAGACGUAGUAGAUACGAUGAGAGUGAAUCCGAAGAAGAGGAAUCUGAGGAUAUCAGUGAUGAGGAUUUCAGUGAAGAGGAAGCUCCGAAAAGAAAAAGACAACGCACUGCACCCCCAUCACGCGGAAGAAGUGCUCGUCAAUCAGCACGCAAACGUCGACGUGAUAGUUAUUCUGACGAAGAAGAAUCUGAAGAAGUCAGUGAAUUCAGUGAAGAUGAUGAUAGUGAUGCACCCAAAAAAUCCAAGGGAUCAAAAGGCAAAGCAAAUAAUAAAGCUUCAGCGGGAAGAGGUCGCCCAAAACGUGGAUCAGGCAAGAAAAAGGCCAAGGAAGUAUCAUCUGAAGAAGAGGAAGAUGAUGUCGAAGAUGAAGAAGAAGAUGACGAUGAACCAUUAGCCUCUAAAAAGAAAGGAGGAUAUCCAACAGACGAAGAAAUUCGAAAAUACUUGAAAGAAGUACUUGACGAUGCAGAUUUGGAGGAAAUAACAAUGAAAACUGUAUGCAAAAAGGUGUACGCAAAAUACCCCGAACAUGAUUUAACAUCCAAAAAAGAUUUUAUCAAGGCUACAGUCAAAUCGCUAAUUGCCACAUAAAUAAUACAUACACACAAAAAGCUACAGUCGUAAACAUACAAAAAAAAUAUUAAGGUGAAAAAUUUAAGGAUAACUGCAGAAGAAGAAAAUGUGUCGUAAUUUUGUAUAAUGAUUAACAGAAUUGCUUACUACCACUUAUCAGAUAUAGUCCUUACAAUUAAUUUCUCAAUGUAAACGUAGAAUUAUUUCGUUCAAAACACAGAAACAUUAAGAAGGGAGCUCAAAAACUUUCAAUAUCUGCCUUGAGUACAAAUAACAAAAAUACAAAAAAAAAAAAUAUUCAAAGAAAAUUUAUAAAUACGAUGAAAAAUUCCAAACAAAAAUUUAGAAAUGUAAGACAAAAUUUAUUUUCUUGGUCAAAUUGGCUUAAGGGCAGACAUUUUUACACAUAUAAGAGAGCAAACUACAUCAUUUUUUUUUUUCAUUUCAAAACAUAAAAAUAGUCAUGUAAAGGAUAAAAAUUCAGAAUUAAUUGGAUUUUAAGUGUACAUUCACAAAAAAAAACAGUUUAAUAUUAAUAGUAACAAUAAUCAAGCAUGUUCUUUUCUGUGUGUCGUUGUAUAAACUAACAACUUUCGUCGAUUUCGAGAAACUUGAUAAUAUGUUUAUUAAUUUUAGGACGCAUUUAACUUCUUCAUUUCUUGCUAAAGUUAUAAAUAAUUAUAAGAGAAAGAAAAAAAAAUUGUAAAUUUAUUAUUUUUCGUUCGGGUACAAAUGGCACAAGAUUCGAACUUGGUUAGCACGUUUAAA